AUGGCUGCGGCUAUGUGGGCCACUGCAGAGGCUCUUGGACAACAGAUGAGCAACCAUGGCAACGACGGAAAUGGAGCUCAGGGACCAAUAGAGAUCAGAACUUCCGUUGUGUCGGUGAACAAGUGUGGGGUUGCUGAAGAGUACGUGAAGAAGGGAGACCAUGUUUUCCUUAAGGUUACUCCGACUACUGGAGUAGGUAGGGCGAUUAAGGCAAAGAAGUUGAAUCCUCGAUACAUUGGUCCAUUUCAAAUCCUAGAGAGGAUUGGACCGGUGGCGUAUCGGAUGGCUCUACCACCUCAUCUUUCGAACCUGCACGACGUGUUUCACGUGUCGCAGCUUCGGAAGUACACUCCUGAUGCUAGCCAUGUGUUAGAACCUGAAUCGGUUCAGUUGAGGGAAGAUUUGACGCUUCCAGUGGCUCCAGUCAGAAUUGAUGAUACUAGUAUCAAACGGUUGCGUGGAAAAGAUGUUUCACUAGUCAAAGUGGCAUGGAGUCGAGGCGGUGUUGAGGAACACACUUGGGAACUUGAGUCAGAGAUGCGAUCGGAUUAUCCGCAU